UAUAUUUCGCAGGGUUUACUUUUGUUGAGUGCAGCUUUGACAUGGCGGACGCGGAGCCGGAGGAUGCAAUUAUUGGAGAAAUAGCCCAUUCUGAUCCCGAUUCCGACACACAGGAUAAUGUAAAACAGCAAGGCUUUAUCGGUAAAAGCACUCCAGGAACAAAGGAAGGAAAAGCACCCGAUCUUUUGUCCGAGGCUCUCUCGAAGAUGGAUGAACCUGGACAGGAAGAUGAAAUAAAUUUCUCUGCCGCGGCAGGAGAGACAGACGCAAACACCGAUGGAGCCGCGGGUAGCGGCUUGUUAGAAGAUGAUCAUGAUGAUAAACAAGUUUCUGAAACUGCCAUUCCUGAAGCCGAACCAGGAGAUGGAUUCCCCGUCGUUGGAGAUCAGAAUCAAAUGUUGAUUGCUGACAGCACGUCAUCCAAUGACAAUGGGCUGAUUGAUGGAUCAAUUGAAUCGCAAGCUGAUUGUUUAACUGGCCAAAUUGAUUCUGAAUCUUCCAAAAUUGACACGGACUCUUCUGCUCUUUCUGGUGAUCAUGAUUCAGCCAUGUCUUCAUCAUCGAAUAACGUCUUAUCAGAUAUUGCAGCAAGUUCUUUACUUGGGUCCAUUGCAACCAUGAUUGAUUCAGGCAGCGAUUGCUCUCUCACCGAAAACUCAAAAAAUAAAGAUGCAUUAAACAUCCUGGAAACUGCUUCUGCAUCAGCUGUUGGAACCACUCCCACUUCUGGAAUUGCGCUUACCACAGCAUCAUCCGCAGUAGCUGCACCAGCGGCCAAUCCAAUAUCUUUGAAUUUGGCAAGAUCAGCUCAAAAUACAUCAUUACUUGUAAAUGGAAAUAGUUUAUUGACAGGUUCUGCUACUAGUAAUAUUGGCCUUGGAACAUCUCUGCUGAAUACCCCAGGCCUGAUUCAAGCCAUCUCACAGCAACAGACGGCUCCAAUCACAAGCGUUCCAACUCUGAGAGUAGCACCUUCAACCCCUUCACCAGUAACAAUCACUGUCCGAACCCCUCCAGGGACAGGGGCUCUCAGCCAAACGCUUAUAUCGAAUAUUGUGAAUACCCCAGAAGUGCAGGCCCUCUUGGCAAAGAAUCCUGGUCAACCAAUCACUAUUGUUCGUGUUCCGGAUGCUCCAGCCACUGUGACCACCCAGUCAUCAAAACCAGCUCCAGCACCUCCACCUGCUUCAUCUUCAUCACCAGCUAAGGCUCCAUCUCUUAUUACAGUUCCAGCUUCAACCACGGCUCCAGUUUCUGCUCCCAUCUUGUCUCCAAGUCCGAAACAGGGAAGCACUAUUCCAAUGAUGAAAGUUGUAACCAAUGCAACUAACAAGCAGCAAACACCCGUCAGAACUUUCCCACCCGGUACCAUCCUGUCCAACAGGCUCCCCAGUAAUAGCACUCCAACAAGCACAAAAACGACUGUUUCACCCACUUCAACAUUGGUCAAAUCCUCUCCGAGUCCUAAGCCAACCAUAGUCUUAGGAGUAAAGAAAAAAGUGGGUCGAGGUGGUGGAAAAGCAGCGGCCAAGGGAAUGGCUCCAGCAGUGCCGUCCUCGCAGGACUUGCAUCUUAUGAGACAGAAGAGACCCGCCAACUGCAAGACUCGAUCUGGACGAGUGUCCAGGCCUCCACUGUAUAGAAUCAAGGAGUACAAAACCAUGUCCAAUGAAGAGAUGGGAGAUCAGCCAGGUUCCUCUGAUGGAGAAUACUCCGAUUAUGAUGAUGGUGAAAAUGCUGCCUCGGCACUUAGCUUCUAUGAUCAGAAGAGGAGGUAUAAAUGCCAGAAUUGUGAGAAGCGGUACAUUGGAAGAGGAGGCCUGGCCAGACACUACAGAGACAACCGGACACAUGGAGAUCCUGAUUCUGUGUUUGCAAAGACAGAAGAUGAAGACCGACAGAUGGAGAUGGAGACUGAUGAGAAACAAAGUGACAAAGAAACAAAGGAGGAGACGCCAAAGGAGGAGAUGCCAAAGGAGGAGACACCAAAUGAGGCAGCUGAAACCCCGAGUGAGGCAGCCGAGAAAUCUAAUGGGAAUCAAUCUCCCAGUCCUAAGGCCGAAGAUGAUGAGCCAAGUUCUUCUGAACAGACAUCCAAAGAAAACACACAAGCAGAACCAGAACGGCCGAAACCAGCUAUAAUUACCUACCACUAUCCUUAUAAACCAAGGGGGCGGGGUAGGGGAAGACCCCCAGGGUCGGGUCGUAAAGUCGUUGAUCCGAGUGGCGAUGCACCAGUGAUAACCUCAAACAGCAAAGAUGUUCCUCCAAAGGCAGAAGCAUCAACUUCAAAGUUCUUUGACCCCAAGACCCCUCUUGACGAUGAUCUGAUCAAGGUCACGCUACCUAUGCUGUCCAAGGUCAUCACUCCCUGGGAGUACAUAGUCGCCAGAGCCCAGCAGACCACCACCAAAGAUGCAAUCUUCCCCACCAUCCUGAAAUCACUCAAAGAAAUGCAUCUUGAAGCCAGGAAGAUGGCUGCGUCGUGUCUGGAGCGUGUUCCAGUUUUUCCUGUCAAGGAUCAUUCUGUCAAAGGAAACGCAUCACAAGAGAUUCUAAUCGAGGAUGAUGCUAUGGCGAAAGUUCUUGGUGUGGAGACUGGACGAUACCGCUUCAAAGGUCCUUCAGACGAUGCUCUGCCAAAGACUGUAAGACUUCUGAAGAAGCAAGAAGCACUAUCCAAAGAUAAAGAACAAAAACAACCAAAGGUUGCAAAGAGUGUAGGUGAAGCACUUCAGAGGAAGCGCAGAAUGGCAAGUUCACCAAAGAGUGAGCCCCCGAGCAAGAAAACACCCGGCACAAUCAGCAUCCUUUCUCCUCGGUCAAGCUACUCCCGGCUCACCACCCCUUCCUCGUUUCCUGCCAAGAGGGUCCAUACCAUUGGAACCAUAGCAUCCAUUGCCGACGUCCCCAACGCCAACACCACGGCCAAACCUGCUGCUGAAAAGAGACCCAUUCCUCCUCUUGGUCCGAUAUCAUCGGCCUCCAAAGGCUUGGAGUCGAAUACCAAAGCUUUUGAAUCCAGCCCGACGGCCAAGACAACCAGUGUGACGACGGCGUUGCCACCACUCAAGCCUAUCAGAACAAAACCUACCAAUACCCAGUCAACGUCGUCACAAGAGAGCAAGACCACCACCAGCUCUGCAACUACUACUACCACUACACCAUCAUCAGAACAAAGCAUCACUGCCAUUGAGGAUGAUACAGCCAAGGAAAGCUCUAGCUUAUCCUCAGACUCACAGCUCCUCACAUCCACCCAAGAUUCCACUGAUGUGAACAACCCUGCCAAAGCCCAAGAGGCGGAGGCAGCCAACGAGUCCGGUCCAUCCCUCAUGGAGUCGGGAGAAUCCCCCUCAGAAGACCUGGUGGAGCAGACCACCGUCCUACCCGAGGGCACCACCAUCAUGCAGCUGGAGGACGGCACCUUCCUCCUCCAGAAACCCGACGGCACCGCCAUGCAGAUCCAGACACCCGAAGGCAUGACCAUCGAGACUGUCCAAGCUCUACUGUCCAUGGAGGGUGGUGCCAUCGAGACGGUCGAGGAGCCCAGCCCGCAGUACAUCCUGGACGACGGCAGUUGCGUCCAGCUACCUGCGGGGAUGUCCCUGGAUAUGGCCGUUGAGAUGGGUUUGAUCAAUCAGUCUUCAGAUUGAGAACUCCAAAACCAUGGUCAGGUGGAUGAGCCUGCUGUCUGUAUAUACAAACUGCCACUUUGCCCAACUUGCCAGUAUCAUGCAUCACAUGUUCUUCACCAACAGUCAUUGUAGUGUGUCAGGAUAACUUGCCUUUGUCUCAUUUCAUUUUCUACUCUUUAUCUCUCCUUUACUUUGUCUUAGAUUGUGUAUACCCUAUACAGCAAUCAAAAUAUCAUUUUCUUUUAAAUUACAUAUCAUCAAGUUAUUUCAGCUUAAUAUGUAUGCACUUCAUUCGUGGUCAGUAAUAUGUUCAAGUAGCAAAAGUAUUAAUUUGUGUCAAUGUUUUGAUAGAUUUGUCUCCAUAUUUGGUUUGGAUGCUGAUUUUUAGAAAAAUAUCUAUCAGAGAGGGGAGGGGGGGGCUUGUAUUAUUCCUAACAAAAGAUAAUGCAUGCACUUAGUUAGAAUUCCAAAUGGGUUUUCAUAACCCAGUGAAGAAAGUGAUUUUAUUUUGGCUGCCAAACUCUGAAGUUGGAUUCGUCAAUAGUGUACAUCAGUAUGAAAUAGAUUGUGCAUGUACAUGUAGGUAUGACUUAAAAACAAUGAAGUAGACAGCCAGCUUAUUUUGUCAGUUUCUCCUAGAACUGCAAAAUAUAUCAUGCAUUGUAAAUAAUGUAAUAUAUGUUUGUGUAUAUUUUUGAAAACGAAAACAUAUGUUUUUUUUUUAGAUAUUGCUUGGUCUACUUUAUACUUGCAUGAAUUUGAUAUGUGUAUUCAGCUACUAUAAUUAGGUCGCGUAUUGGAGUGUGCUCUGUACAUUGCAUGUCUGGUCUGAAAUGUCUUGCAACACGUCUUUUCUGAUGAUGAUUGCUAUAUAUGCACAUAUGUAAAUAGUUUAGUAGUUUGAUAUAUAUAGCUAAUUAUCCCGUUUUUGAGGUGCCAAUAAUUGCUAUCCUAGAGUCCUCCACCACCGUCACCACUAAUAAUGUAGGCAUCAAAUGCUUGGUGUAGUUGUCUGUGAACACAUGUAUUUUCUUUAUUUUAAUCUGGUGCAACCAGAGAUUUAUUUGCCCGAAUUCACAAAGGUGGUGUUUAGAACUAUCAGUUGAACCCAUGGUUUGUGCAGAUUUCCUGUAUAAAUUACGAUUAUUUACCGCGCAUAUUAAAGAAUUCCAGUGCUCAUGCGCGCUUUUGUCACAGUGCGCCAAACGGAUGCCUGUUUGAAGAGUGGACUCAUUCAUUGUAAACAGUGGACUCGUGAAUAAAAUAGAGAGGGUAACCACGGCAACAGGCGUCAACUUGGCGCUCUCGUGACAAAACCACUCAUCAGCAUUGGAAUUUUUUUAUAUACCUGGUAAAUACUCAUAAUUUAUACAGGAAAUCUGCAUAAAGCAUGGGUUUACCCGAUGGUUUUAAAAACCACCUUUGUGAAUUCGGGCCACUGUGUUUAUUCAUCAGAUGGGUGUUUUUCAAAUUAUCUGUCUACAUUGUUUUUCGUGACAACUUUAAAGCAGACUUAAUCUGAAUCUUAUUCUCUUUUUUUUUACUGGACAUAUCUGACCAAUGAGUUUUACCAGUCCUUGAAAUUUACUUGACCUGCAGUAAUUUUUACCAGUUACAGAUUGGCACCAGUGUCUACCCCUGUACAUUUCAGAAUAUGACUUACUGACUGUUGAAAUCCUACACAGUUUGUAUUGUGCUCUUAUCAGUGGAUACACAGGUUUUAUACAACAAAGUGUAGAUCUAGACCAACAGGUUUUUAAUGUUUCAUUUUUUAUGAAUUUGUCUUUUUAAAUUAUCAAAGUUAAAAAUGUAGAUGUACCUAGACACAUAUCUGUUUAAAUGAACUAGUUAUUCAAUUCCUUGAUCCAACAUAAAAAGUAAUUUUUAUAACAUCAAUUGGAAUUAUAAAAAUAUAUUGGCUUUUUGCAGUGUUAUUAGAAAUUCAAAGCAAGUCAUGUAAUCAUAUUAGAUAAUGAGAUAAUAUAGUAAAUUUGCCUUUUGAAUUUGAAGUAGGAAAAGAAUAUUUUUUUUAACAGUAGCAAACAGUAAUAGUGGACUUUCUACUUGUAAUAGGAAUGAAAUAUAUUGAAUACAAUAAUAGUUUGCUUUGAUAAUAAUGAACGAUAGGCAAAAAGCAAAGCUUCAAGUAGGUAGUUGGGAAUAAAUAUCAUAGUUGACUGUG